CCAUUUCAUUCUGAAUAUUACGACGUCGUUCGAUCUCCUAAUUAUUUUCCUCUCCGCUUCGUUUGUCCCUGAUUCUUAACCCUAACCGUCACAAAUCCAGAACCGCCAAGAACUUUCGAGCGAUUCACGACCACCGUCUAUAUUUCUGUAGUUCUGUUUCAAGCUUUGAAGGAAGAUAUAGAUUUUUGCCUUCUACUAACGGGUUUGAUUUAGGAAACCCAAAUCCAAAAUCCGAAAGCUCUAACGGCAACUGCUGUUUCUGUCGUUUUGCUUGGAUUCUAGUAACAUGGCAGAGAUGAACACAAUCCUCACUUCUGAGAAACCUUCGAAUCCUUCUCCUCUGGACCCUCCUAAUCGGAUUAUCUGUCACGUGUGCCAGAAGCAAUUUUCACAGUAUACUUGCCCUCGCUGCAAUUCUCGAUACUGUUCGCUUCAGUGCUAUAAGUCUCAUAGUAUUCGGUGUACGGAAUCGUUCAUGCGAGAGAAUGUUGUGGAGGAGCUUAGACAAAUGCAACCUAAUGAUGAAACUAAGCAAAAAAUGCUUGAAAUAUUGAAACGACAUUCGGAGGAAGAAGAGAUGGACGGCAUGGACGAGGAUGAUUUUCUUCUAUCUGAGGAGACCAUUCAAAAGGUUUUGUCAGGAGGUUCAAUCAGUUUUGAUGACUUAUCUGUAGAAGAGAAGAAGCAGUUCCAAAGAGCUCUGGCAUCUGGAGAACUUAGCAAGUUGAUUGAGCCUUGGGAACCAUGGUGGUUGAAGCCUUCUGCCAGAAAAAUUUCUCUCAGUAAGGAAGGGACUCUACUUAUCCGACCACUUGUUGAGCAGGAAGCAUCUCUGGCACCUCAAGAUGAUGGAGAGCAGUCAGGAGAAAUUCCUCCUGGCCUUGAAGUCCCAUUGACCCCUGUUAAAAAACUUCUAUCUACAGAACCAUCACCACUUUUAGCUGUUCACUUGGUUGAUAUUAUAUAUAGCUACUGCUUCACAUUACGUCUUUACAAUGGUGAUUGGCAAUCAGAUGCCAUAGGAUCAUCAGUGGUGGCAUUGAGCGUCUCUUCUGUCUUAGGUCAAGGUGGGCAGCCAGAAACAGUUGGAGAAGCUCUGUCUUUCUGCUUGGAAAAAACUUGCUCUCCAGAUUACAAGCAUAUGGGGGGUUUACAAUUUGGACUAGCUCUUAUUAGUGAUGUGAUAACCCUACUGUCACUUGGGAGUUCUGCUUUAAUCUGUGCACUCUGCGAUUUGCAAAGACUGAUUCAGUCUGGGGGAAGGGAGUUGAAAAGCGAGAAAUCCAGAAAGUCGGAAAUCAAAAACAAGCUGAAGCUUGCUGAGAGGAAAAUUUAUUUCAUAAUAUGUUGGGUGCAUGAGCAGCCGGGGGAAGCUUGGUCUUCCUUAGCUGCCAUUGUAGAGGCAGAGAAGAAGAGAGUCAUGGAGUACAGAAAUGAUAAGCAUUCUACAAGAAUGAAGAAUAAUUCCGAGACACAGAAAGUUUUGAUAGAGGAGAUGAAGUAGAGUUGAUGACUGUUGUAUAAUCAAAGCUUGUAAAUCUUGUAUGAUUUAGCGUAACAUUAUUAUUAGCCAAAUCCUUAACAAGUUGAGGAAGAAAUUUGAUUCUGGUAAUUAUGAAUUAAUUGUGAUUUUUCAUUUCCGUAA